AUGUCUUCUUCUUCGCAAGCUGCUGGAGGUGUUCGGAUAAGUAUCGAUCGAGGUGGAACCUUCACGGACGUGCAUAGCUCGAGGGCGGGUCAUCCUGACAUAGGCUUCAAGGUCCUCUCUGAAAAUCCCAGCGUCUAUUCCAGCGCUCCAGCAGAAGGCGUGCGCCGCGUCCUCGAAGCAGUGCAUGGCAUCGAGAUCAAGAGGGGCACAAAACUGCCCAUAGAAAGCAUCGAGAGCAUUCGCAUGGGUACCACUGUGGCUACCAAUGCACUCCUCGAACGAAAAGGCGAGCCAACUGUCCUGGUUGUGACAAAGGGAUUUCGCGAUCUGCUGCGAAUCGGCGCGCAGGCCAGGCCAGACAUUUUUGAUAUUACAGCUGCCAAGCUCUCUCAGCUCUACGACAAGGUUAUCGAAGUGGAUGAGCGAGUGACAAUUGCCACUGCCACUGAGGACCCCGAGGCUCGCGAAAUUACCGAAGCAGAAGCCAAGACCAGGGGCCUAGUCAAGGGUUUGACGCAGGAGUGGAUCCAGGUACUCAAAGAGCCAGAGCUCGACGUCAUUACAGAAGAGCUUUCCACCCUCUAUGCACAGGGCUAUCGCUGUGCAGCGGUCGCCUGCGCGCAUUCUUUUACAUACCCAGCUCACGAGGACAGCAUCGCAGACCUUGCACAGCGCAUUGGCUACCGGGUCUCGGCCUCUCGAAAGAUCUUGCCUAUGAUCAAGUAUGUAGCUCGAGCCAACUCUGCAGUCGUUGAUGCCUACCUCUCAUUGGCAGUUGGCAACUACAUCUCAGCCUUUGCAUCCGAAUUCGAAGGCGGACUAGAUGCCCUGGGAAACAAGCUGGUCUUCAUGUGCAGUGACGGCGGGCUUACUCGAUACGACCGCUUCACAGGUGCUCGAGCGAUUCUCUCAGGACCCGCAGCAGGAGUUGUGGGUUACAGCAAGACCUGCUUCAACACUACCUCUGAGCGCCGACCUAUUCUCGCUGUCGACAUGGGAGGCACAUCGACCGACGUCUCCAGGUUCGACGGCAGACUCGAACACGUCUUCGAGUCCGAAAUCAGUGAGAUCAAGAUUCAAGUGCCCAUGCUCAACAUCUCUACAGUCGCAGCAGGAGGCGGAUCGGUACUCAAGUUCGUCAACGGAAUGUUUGUCGUCGGACCUCAGUCAAGUGGCAGUAAUCCUGGACCAGCCUGCUACGGCCGAGGCGGACCGCUCAGUAUCACAGAUGCUAAUUUAGUCCUCGGCAGACUGUCUCCUGCAUUCCCUUGCGUAUUUGGACCGAAUGAGGACCAGCCACUAGACGAAAAAGCUUCACGUAGAGCAUUUGAAGCUAUGCUGCCCUUGGUCAAUCAAGAGAGGGAGGAAGCAGCUCGUACAAGUGGCAGACCUUCUCCUGCACCUCUCACCGUCGAGGAAAUUGCAGCCGGUUUCAUCGAAGUCAGCAACGAGUGUAUGAGUCGGCCGAUACGAAGCCUCUGCCAGAACAAGGGUCUCGAUACGGCUGUCCACGACCUCGUGAGCUUCGGGGGUGCUGGAGGUCAGCAUAUGGUGGGCAUCGCACAGAACCUGGGCAUCCACAACAUCAUCGUCCCGCGCUUCUCUUCGAUUCUCUCUGCCUAUGGGUUAGCACUGGCCGACAUGGUGUCAGAGCUACAAGAGCCCUGCGCCGAGGUUCUGACUGAAGCCACAAACACAGCGCUGAGAGCCUCUCUGGCUACUUUGAUGAGCAAAGCACGUCAGAAGGUGCAGCUGGAGAGCGGGCUUGUUGCUGCUGAUGGCGACAGCGCCAAAGCUGAAGGCUACCUCAACUGCCGCUAUCAGGGCACAUCGAAUGCUAUCAUGAUCCUUCUGCCCAGCGAUGGAGACUUUGUCUCUUCCUUCAAAGCAAUUCAUCAUCAACGAUACGGCUUCACCCUCAAGGGGCGAGACAUCAUUGUAGACGACAUCAGAGCUCGAGCUUGGGCAGAGUCUUCGAUCAAGCAGCCUCGCGACUACCUUCAAGACCUGAACGAGUAUGCUCCUGCGCCAUUUGCCAAGGAUCCCAACACUCCCACCAAGCAAAUCUUCUUCACGCAAGGCGGCUGGCAAACGGCAACGGUCAUACCUCUCAAAGAUCUUGCCCCAGGUACGCAAUGCUACGGCCCAGCUUUGAUGUAUGACGAUACGCAGACACUCCUCGUCGAGCCUGGCUGCAUUGCGACAUGUCUACCGGAGCAUGUAGUGGUGAAGCUGCCCUCUGCGAGCGAGGCCGCCAGUCUGGACUCAGCCAUUACUUCGACCACUGACGAUGGCGCUGCUCCUGAUCCCGUCGCCCUCUCCGUGUUUGGGCACCGCUUCAUGAGCUUGGCAGAGCAAAUGGGGACUGUGCUCCGUCAGACUGCCGUCUCAACGAAUGUCAAGGAGCGAUUGGACUUUUCUUGUGCUUUGUUCAGCCACGACGGUGACCUGGUCGCCAACGCUCCUCAUAUCCCAGUCCAUCUGGGUGCAAUGAGUAGAGCCGUCAAGGCUCAAAUCGAAUUGUGGGCUGAGAAGAUCAGGCCAGGCGACGUCAUCGUGUCGAAUGUACCCAAAUACGGCGGAACUCAUUUGCCAGACAUCACAGUGAUGACUCCCGCCUUUCACGAGGGCGAAAUCGUCUUUUGGACAGCCUCCCGAGCACAUCACGCCGACAUCGGGGGGACAAGUCCUGGCAGCAUGCCACCAGCAAGCAAGGAGCUCUGGCAAGAGGGAGCGCAGAUCGACUCUUUUCUUCUGGUUAAGCAAGGUGCAUUCGAUGAGGAAGGCAUUUUCGAGCUCCUCUCCGUCCUGCCUGCGCAAUAUCCUGGAUGCAGUGGCACCAGGACACUAGAGGACAACCUCUCAGAUCUUCGCGCCCAGGUCUCAGCCAACCAGAAGGGCAUUGACCUGGUCUAUGCCUUGAUCAGAGACCAGGGCGGCCUAGGAAAGGUGCGCUUCUACAUGGGUCACAUCCAGAAGGCUGCAGAAGCUGCUGUUCGUCGGCUGCUCUGUGUCAUUGCCAAGCGUCUGGGCAAGAAUGUGCUCUCAGCAGAGCAGUUCCUCGACGAUGGAUGCAUCAUCAAGGUUCAGAUCACCAUCGACGAAUUAGCUGGAUCUGCAAUCUUCGACUUCACGGGUACCAGUCUGCAGUCGUAUGGCAACAUCAAUGCCCCACACGCCAUCGUGCGGUCCGCCAUUAUCUAUGUGCUGAGGAGUCUGAUUGCUUCCGACAUUCCUCUCAACCAAGGCUGUCUUGCUCCAGUAACGGUCGUGGUCCCAGAGGGCACGCUGUUGUCACCUGGCGACGAGGCAGCAGUCGUCGCAGGCAAUGUUGAGACUUCACAGCAACUAGCUGACCUGUUGCUCACCGCUUUCGAGGCAUGCGCGGGCUCCCAAGGCACCUGCAACAACCUGAGCUUUGGCUAUGGAGGUAAAGACCCCUCCACUGGUCAAACGGUUCGUGGGUUCGGAAACUACGAGACUCUUGCUGGAGGAGCUGGAGCAGGUCCCGGCUGGAACGGCCAGAGUGCUAUCCACGUCCACAUGAGCAACACCGAAAUCGGCGAUCCCGAGAUCAUGGAGCGCAAGUACCCUCUUAUUCUUCGACAAUGGGGCAUCCGCGAAGGCUCGGGAGGAUCAGGCAAAUACGUAGGCGGCAAUGGCUGCAUUCGUGAUAUUCAGUUUACUCGCCGGCUUCGGUGCGCCAUUCUCUCAGAGUCGAGGAGCCAGGCACCGAGAGGUCUACAUGGCGGCGGCAACGGUGCAGUGGGAGUCAAUAAGUGGAUCAGAGGCAAAGGCAAGGCGCAGAGGGUCCUCAAUCUGGGUGGCAAGGCAGAGGCCCUCAUGGAGGAGGGGGAUCGCAUCGUGAUCAUGACCCCAGGAGGCGGUGGCUACGGCGUUGCAGCCGACGAAGUGUGA